GGUAUACGCAGUCGCGUUGAGAAAACAUUGGCUGCUCGCGCUGUGGACAAAUUCGUGUCCAGUGACGUGAAGCCUUGUGCGCGCUGCAAAUCUUCUCUACACCGUUCUGUCUUGUGGAAGACUGACACUCUAAUCACACUUCUUUUAGCUCCGUUAUAAAAGACGACCUGCCACAAAUAAGCUCCCGUUGUUUCAUUUGUUCGAGUUGUGCGCCGUUUUCAGAACAUCCGUUCCGAGCCUCACUUCUUUCGCUCUGUCCUCUUCUCGAGAGUGCGACGUUCUUCGAAAAGGCAACCAACUAAGCGGACUGUGAGCUAUGACCAACGCUUUGAACAAAUAAAGACAUUUAUACAACAAGGGGACACCAACCAUAUCAUCAUUCUUGAGCGCAGUUGAACAGAGAGAAGAGAGAGUGAAGCAGAGGGAGUGAGUGUGUGCAGGGAGGGCGUGAGGGCGAGGAUAGUCCAUGGAUGCUGCGCGGAUUGAGGGGACAGCGCAUUCUCAUCUGACCAGGAAAAGAAAGAUUUCAAAAUUGAGUCGAAGGACAGAAACUCGCCAUCAGGCAUGGUGUGUGAGAAGGGGAUCCAGAUCCUUCUCACCAUCGUGGGGGCGUUCGCCUCCUUCGGCCUGAUGACGGUGGCGAUCGGCACGGACUACUGGCUCUACUCGCGGGCAGUCAUCUGCAACAGCACGGCCAAUGUCACCCAGGACGAUCCCCACAACAAGGACAAGAAGGACCCCGGAGCCCUCACCCACUCCGGCCUCUGGAGGAUCUGCUGCCUGGAGGGGGUAAAGCGAGGCGUGUGCUCACAGAUCAACCACUUCCCCGAGGACGCCGAUUUUGACCACGAUGGAGCGGAGUACGUUUUACGAGUGGUUAGGGCCUCCAACAUCUUCCCCAUCCUCAGUGCCAUCUUGCUGCUGAUGGGCGGGGUUUGCAUUGCCGCCAGUCGCUUCUACAAGAGCAAGCGGAACAUCAUUCUGGGGGCCGGGAUCCUGUUUGUGGCGGCAGGCCUGAGCAACAUCAUCGGUGUGAUCGUGUACAUCUCCGCGGCGCUGGGCGACAUCUCACCGAAGAAGGACGAAGACAAGAAGUGGCAGUACUCGUACGGCUGGUCCUUCUACUUCGGUGGCCUGUCGUUCAUCCUGGCCGAGAUGGUGGGCGUGCUCGCUGUCAACAUCUACAUCGAGAAGAACAAGGAGCUCCGGUGCCGCUCGCGCACUGACAUCUUCAAGAGCACCACGCACGCCAUGCUGAGGUUGCCUAGCUACCGCUUCCGUCGCCGCUCGCGCUCCAGCUCGCGCUCCACCGACCCCUCCCGCUCGCGGGACCCCUCCCCCGUGGGCGGGCCACCAGGGGCCAAGGCCUUCGGACUGCCUCCGUCAGCCCUCCUGUCACAGGGCCCCAUGUCGGUGUCGACGCUGCCCAACCCACACUCGCGCUCGCACUCGGCCCUGCCGGGCGGCGACAUCUCCCUUUACGCCCUCUCGCGAGACCCCAAGCUCGGGGCUCUGGGUGGCCUGGGGGCACCUCCGCUCUACGGCACGGUGGACCGCGCCACGCUUUACCAGCUCCACAACUGCUUCACCAAGGAAGGGGGAGGGGGAGCAGGUGGGGCUGUGGUGAUGAGCGGCACGCUGCCCCCGCUCAAGGCUCACAACCCAGGGGCGGGGAACUCGUCGGGCGGAGGCGCGGUGCUCGGCAACUCCGUGGCCCCACCUCUUCAGCCUCCACCCUUCUCCUCCUCAACGGUGGAGAGGGAGCGGGGCAUGAGCACGCUAGACCGGCUGGGAAAGGCCGAGAGCAACUCCAACACGCUGAACAGGAAGACCACGCCGGUGUAGUGCGGCCACGCCAAGCAGAGAGCCUUCGGCCGAAGGAAGACGACGGUUCUGGAAAGGACGGACAGCAGGAAGUGGAGGAAGAAAGAGGAGGAAGAAAUGAUCUUAUCCUUUUCUUCCUGUAUUAGAAGAUGCUUUCACGUUAUGAUAAAUACAAUUCAAAGAUUGUACUAGUGAUGAACAGCUCAUAAUAAAAACAACAACAACAUUCU